AUGGCGAAAGUUGGCGAUUUGGUUACUAACUUCGCGGUAUGGGAUGUGACUUUGUUGACCCCACCCGACCCGGUCAAAACAGUUGCUGUUGCCAGUUGGGGCAAGGCUCGGGGACGAUUUCCUUUUGGGGCCCAAGCCCGGCCCAUCUUCGGCCCGAGAUGGUUCGAGCGCAAGACGGGUCGGAGCCUGCAUGGGUGGAAGAACCUUCUUCAAAUGGCCAGCUCCACCACCCAGCAAGAUUCAAUUUCAGACGCACUCCAGCCCACAGAAGAAUGUCUUCAACAAGGAGAUCUGGUCGUCCAAGGCUUCCAAGCUCUGAUGAACAGAUGUCCACCUGUCGAUCGGCAAUCAUGGGUGCUCAUGUGGUCUGUCGAACAUGAACGCUCGGCCGAGGAAACUAGACUGUUCAAGAAAGAUCUCAUCCUCCAACUCCACUCCAGAAUAGUACCUCAACUCCAUCAUCAACUGGAACACCUUUCAGAAUCACUCGAGCCAGAUCAAUUGCGUCGCCAACCCGUCUCCCAGCUCAAGCUCAUCUUGGAAAUCCAAUCGCAACUGUGCAAGAGUUUAGACGAAAUUCACUCUGUUUUUCAUAUAACUUGUCCAGAAAGUUCACAAUCUCCUCCGAUUACUCGAUCCGGCAAUGACCAACAUGAUAACGAACUCAAAUGUUAUCGACUCUAUCGUCUCCACUUCUUUCUCCAACCUUCAUUAUUAUCAGAACUCAAUAACGCCUUUGACUUGUGCUCUGAACUUAUCCUGGAGCUGAAACUUUCGACACAAAAGCCCAAGUAUAAGAUGGGUAUAGAUCAUACCAGAGCACGGGCGUUUGAGGAUACUGAGAACUCAACGGUAUCCCUCGAGUUAGCUAUGGAAUGGCUCCAAAGAUCCGACUUCCAACUUGUUCUAGAUCGUUGGCCGGGUGAGGAACGAAUGGUUGAAGAUAUCUUAAAAUCCCUAACAAGUCUGAUCCACCAAGAACCUUACGUCCAAGUGGAUGGCGAACUUUACAAGCCCCAAGAACUCACUCAACAGGUCCUCAAACUCGUCAAACCGUUGGUCCCGAUCGCCAAACUUUCUCGUCUGUUUUUGAUCCGCCUUUCGAGAGAGAUGCGGCGGAAUGGGCGGCCCAUUUAUUCGGAAUUGAGUUCCAGUCAGCUGAUGAUCUUCGACGAAUUGGACCAAAAUAUCUCCGCCACUCUCCAUCAAUUCUUGCGUAUGGUGGAAGACGGUGAUGGGUCGCGAACUGGUCUGACUAAACAGGUCUUCAUCCAGACCGCUCAACAACUCCAAUCUCAUCUCGAAUCUUCUUGCCUUCUUCUCUUUGUUUAUUUUAUUCCUUGUUCACCUCCUGAUGAUCCUCAUCUUGUUCCAAUUAAUCAUCAUCAUCAUCAUUUCCACUCUUGGUUGAUUAAUUUCAAUAAAUCAUUUGAUGUGGCCAUCAAUAAUCUGUUGGAUGCUGUCGGUCUGUCAAACUAAUGUCUAGUGGCCCUUUUUACUACUUAUAAUUAUUCAUUUUCGCUGCAGAAAAUCAAACAAAUAAACUUACAGUCUAGAAGAAAAAAUCCUAAUGAUUGCAAUCAAUCAACAAUUUCACUCUUUCUUUCAACAA